CGUGUUUUUAAGUUUGGAAUAUUUCAAUUUUUUAUUUUUAUGCAAUUUUAAUAAAAUUUUAUAAAUAAUAGUGAAUAAAAAGAAAGUUUAUUAUACCAAAAUUAAUUAUUAUUAAAAAAAUAUUAAGACGGAAAAGAUAUUUUUUUUGUUUUACUUUGAAAAAUGAAAACAGAACGCUGCUAUCUGUAUCUUGAGAAUGGUACUAUUCUGGAAGGUAAAUCAUUUGGAGCUCGAAAAAUUACUGAUGGCGAAGUGGUUUUCCAAACUGGAAUGGUCGGUUAUCCAGAAUCAAUGACUGAUCGAUCAUAUCGUGCUCAAAUUCUUGUUCUUACGUAUCCUCUGAUUGGAAAUUACGGUGUACCAUCACCUGAAGAAAUCGAUGAAUUUGGUCUCCCCAAACACUUUGAAUGGUUUGAUGGAAUAUCAGUAGCAGGACUCAUUGUUGGCGAAGUUUGUACAACGCCAUCACAUUGGCGACAAACUCGUACUCUUUCAAAAUGGAUGGAAGAACAGGGUAUACCCGGUAUAAGUGAUAUUGACACAAGAACCUUAACUAAAACUAUUCGAGAGAAUGGAUCAAUAUUGGGUAGGAUUAUUUAUGAAAAGCCAACUUCCUACGUUUUUACUGACCCAAAUAUUCGUAAUUUGGUGCAAGAAUGUUCAGUAAAAGAAGUUAAAACUUAUAACGAAAAGGGAACACCGAGAAUAUGUGCUGUAGACUGCGGUUUAAAAUUAAAUCAGAUUCGUUGUUUUAUAAAACGUGGUGCAAGAGUCGAUCUUGUUCCAUGGAAUUAUGAUAUAAAUCCCAAAGAAUUUGACGGACUCUUUUUAAGCAACGGUCCUGGAGAUCCAGCACUGUGCGGGGAGACCAUUAACCAAAUUAAAAAGGUAAUGCAGAGCUCAGAUGUUCCCAUUUUCGGAAUAUGUUUGGGACAUCAACUCUUAGCCACUGCCAUUGGUUGUAAAACUUACAAGUUAAAGUAUGGUAACCGAGGCCACAAUUUACCUUGUAUUCACCAUGGAACUGGGCGAUGCUUUAUGACUUCACAAAAUCAUGGUUUUGCUGUUGAUGUGAACACACUUCCAAAUGAUUGGGAACCACUUUUUACAAAUGUAAAUGAUAAAUCCAAUGAAGGCAUCAUUCAUAAAGAAAAACCUUAUUUUUCCGUACAAUUUCAUCCUGAACACACAGCAGGACCUGAGGAGCUAGAAUUCUUAUUCGAGAUAUUUUUAGAUGCUGUAAAAUACAGAAAAAGUGGAAAACAAGAUAAAACUGUAAAAAAUGCUCUAAUAGAAAAAUUACGCUACACAUUAAAAGAAGAAUUCGUGAAUUUUGAAAGACCACGAAAAAUUUUAAUUUUAGGUUCAGGUGGAUUGUCAAUCGGCCAAGCGGGAGAAUUUGAUUAUUCUGGAUCACAGGCAAUUAAAGCUAUUAAAGAAGAAAAAAUUCAGACGGUGUUGAUUAACCCCAACAUCGCAACUGUUCAAACUUCAACCGGCUUAGCUGACAAGGUUUAUUUUCUGCCACUUACUCCAGAAUAUGUUGAACAAGUAAUAAAAGCAGAGCGACCAAACGGUGUUUUAUUAACAUUUGGUGGUCAAACCGCUCUAAAUUGUGGUGUUGAACUUGAGCGCACUGGUGUUUUUGCAAAGUACAAUGUAAAAAUUAUGGGUACACCAAUCCAAUCAAUUAUUGAAACUGAAGAUCGCAAAAUAUUUGCUGAACGCGUUUCAGAAAUAGGGGAAAAGGUUGCUCCGUCUGAAGCAGUAUAUUCAAUUAAAGAAGCUAUGGAAGCUGCUACAAAGUUAGGAUAUCCAGUAAUGGCAAGAGCUGCCUUUUCCUUAGGAGGUUUGGGAUCUGGAUUUGCUAAUAACGAAAAAGAGUUGCAAGAAUUAGCCCAACAAGCAUUUGCUCAUUCAAACCAACUUAUAAUAGACAAGUCUUUACGAGGUUGGAAAGAAGUUGAAUAUGAAGUUGUGCGAGACGCUUUCGACAACUGUAUUACUGUUUGCAAUAUGGAAAAUUUGGAUCCUUUAGGAAUUCAUACUGGUGAAAGUAUAGUAGUUGCACCAUCACAAACUUUAUCAAAUCGCGAAUAUAAUAUGCUGCGUUCUACCGCAAUAAAAGUUAUCCGCCAUUUCGGUAUUGUUGGUGAAUGUAAUAUUCAAUACGCACUGAAUCCGGAAUCCGAAGAAUAUUAUAUUAUUGAAGUAAAUGCAAGGCUUUCUAGAAGUUCUGCUUUAGCCAGUAAAGCUACGGGCUAUCCAUUAGCAUACGUUGCAGCGAAAUUAUCUCUUGCUAUACCACUUCCUGACAUUAAAAAUUCCGUAACUGGGGUCACAACUGCAUGCUUUGAACCGAGUUUAGAUUACUGCGUCGUUAAAAUCCCAAGAUGGGAUUUAGCUAAAUUUACAAGAGUUAGUAAAAACAUUGGUAGCUCUAUGAAAAGUGUUGGAGAAGUUAUGGCGAUCGGUAGAAAUUUUGAAGAAGCUUUCCAAAAAGCAUUAAGAAUGAUGGACGAAACAGUUAAUGGUUUCGAUCCAUAUCUUAAACCAGUAAGGGAGGAAGAAUUAAUUCAAGCUACAGACAAAAGAAUUUUCGUUUUAGCUGCAGCUUUAAAAGCAAAUUAUACAAUCUCGAAACUUUAUCAGUUGACUAAAAUUGAUCCAUGGUUUUUAAAUAAAAUGAAAAAUAUAAUUUGUUAUUUGAACUUUUUGGAAGAGCAAGGAAAUGCUUUAAAAUAUGAAAUGUUUCUUGAAGCUAAAAAGCUAGGGUUUUCUGAUAAGCAGAUAGCUUCGGCUAUAAAAGUUACAGAUUUGGUGGUAAGAAAACAAAGAGAAGAAAUGGAAGUGGUGCCAUUUGUAAAGCAAAUAGACACUGUAGCUGGAGAAUGGCCGGCUACUACAAAUUAUCUUUAUCUGACAUACAACGCAGAUAGCCAUGAUAUUGAAUUCCCAGGUGGUUCUACUAUUGUUGUUGGAUCUGGAGUUUAUCGAAUUGGAUCAUCAGUGGAAUUUGAUUGGUGUGCCGUUGGAUGUUUGAGAGAACUACGAAAACUUGGACGAUCUACAAUAAUGAUCAAUUACAACCCAGAAACUGUUUCAACUGACUAUGAUAUGUGUGAUCGUCUUUACUUCGAAGAGAUAUCUUUUGAAACUGUAAUGGAUAUUUACAACGUCGAAAACGUAGAAGGAAUUAUUUUAUCAAUGGGAGGACAACUUCCCAAUAACAUCGCUAUGGAUUUGCAUCGUCAACAAGCCAAAGUUCUUGGCACUUCUCCGGAGUCAAUUGACAGCGCAGAAAAUCGUUUUAAAUUUUCCCGUAUGUUGGAUCGCAAAGGUAUUUUACAACCGCGGUGGAAAGAAUUAACGAAUUUAAAAUCGGCAAUUGAAUUUUGCGAAGAAGUAGGAUAUCCAUGUUUAGUAAGACCUUCAUAUGUGUUGUCGGGAGCAGCAAUGAACGUUGCCUACUCAAAUCAAGACCUAGAAACAUAUUUAAACGCUGCUUCAUCUGUCAGUAAGGAGCAUCCUGUUGUUAUUUCAAAAUUUUUAAUGGAAGCUAAAGAAAUUGAUGUUGACGCUGUUGCAGCCGAUGGGGAAAUUCUUUGUAUGGCUGUAUCAGAACAUGUUGAAAAUGCUGGAGUACACUCAGGUGAUGCUACAUUAGUAACACCACCACAAGACAUAAACGCUGAAACUUUAGAAAAAAUUAAAGAAAUUACAAGAGACUUAGCUGCUUUACUUGAUGUUACGGGACCCUUUAACAUGCAACUAAUAGCCAAAAAUAAUGAAUUGAAAGUAAUUGAAUGUAAUGUUCGAGUGUCCAGAUCAUUUCCCUUUGUUUCAAAAACCUUGAAUCAUGAUUUCGUCGCAACUGCUACGCGUGCUAUAAUUGGGAUGGUUGUUGAACCGGUAGAUAUUUUACAUGGAUGCGGCAAAGUUGGAGUUAAGGUUCCACAAUUCAGUUUUUCACGUUUAGCUGGUGCUGACGUGCAGUUAGGAGUUGAAAUGGCCUCUACCGGUGAAGUUGCCUGUUUUGGUGAUAAUCGAUAUGAAGCAUAUUUGAAGGCUAUGAUGUCCACCGGCUUUCAAGUACCAAAAAGAGCAAUUUUGCUGUCAAUUGGGAGCUUUAAGCACAAAGUUGAAUUACUUCCCUCUAUAAGAGACCUUGCCAAAAUGGGUUAUAAACUAUAUGCUUCAAUGGGAACUGGUGAUUUUUAUGCAGAACAUGGUGUUGAUGUUGAAUCCGUACAAUGGACUUUUGACAAAUCUACUGCAGAUGACUCUAAGGAUGACAAUGGAGAGCUACGACAUUUAGCAGAAUUUCUUGCGAAUAAACAAUUUGAUAUGGUUAUAAAUUUACCAAUGAGAGGAGGCGGAGCAAGAAGAGUGUCAUCUUUCAUGACCCACGGAUAUCGUACACGACGUCUUGCUGUAGAUUAUUCAAUCCCUUUGGUAACUGAUGUAAAAUGUACAAAAUUAUUAGUUGAAGCAAUGCGUCUGAUUGGCCGGGCACCACAAAUGAAAACUCAUACUGAUUGUAUGACAUCACGGAAUAUAAUAAAACUACCGGGAUUUAUAGAUGUACAUGUACAUUUACGAGAACCAGGUGGCACGCAUAAAGAAGAUUUUUCUAGUGGAACAGCUGCAGCUUUAGCUGGUGGUAUAACAAUGUUAUGUGCUAUGCCAAAUACAACACCCUCAAUUGUUGAUCGUACAUCGUUCAGUCUAAUUCAAGAUUUGGCCAAAGUAAGUGCACGUUGUGAUUAUGCGAUUUAUUUGGGAGCCACCGACUCAAAUUAUAAUCAAAUAAAUGAAUUUGCGUCUCAGGCGGCUGGUUUAAAAAUGUAUUUGAAUGAUACGUUUAGCACUUUAAAGAUGACUGAUAUGACAGUAUGGGAAAAACAUUUACAAAAUUGGCCAAAACGUGCUCCGAUUGUCUGUCAUGCUGAACGUCAGACAAUGGGAGCUAUAAUAUUACUAGCACACUUAUUGGAUCGUUCAAUUCAUAUUUGCCACAUAGCAAGAAAAGAGGAAAUUAUGAUUAUAAAAGCUGCCAAAGAACGUGGUGUCAAGGUUACGUGUGAAGUUUGUCCACAUCAUUUAUUUUUAUCAACAAAUGAUAUUGAACGUAUUGGAAAGGGUUGGUCCGAAGUCAGACCAGUAUUAUGUUCUCCAGAAGAUCAACAAGCUUUAUGGGAAAAUUUGGAAUACAUCGAUAUUUUUGCUACAGAUCAUGCACCACAUACUGUGAAUGAAAAAAGUUCUAUUAAACCGCCACCAGGCUUUCCAGGUUUAGAAACAAUUUUACCCUUGCUUCUAGACGCUGUUGAAAAAGGACGGCUUACAAUUGAAGAUAUUAAAAACAAAUUUCAUAGAAACCCUAAACGUAUAUUUAAUCUACCUGAUCAAGGAAACACUUAUGUUGAAGUUGAUCUAGAUGAUGAAUGGGAAAUACCGAGAGAAUCACAAUAUUCAAAAGCAAAAUGGACACCAUUUGCAGGAAUAAAAGUAAAAGGUCGCGUUCAUAGGGUAGUAUUACGAGGUGAAGUAGCGUUUGUCGACGGUCAAGUUUUAAUUCCACCCGGAUACGGUCAAAAUGUACGCAGUCCACAUUAUCGUAAGCAUCAUCAAUCAAUUGAAAAUCUUGAUAAGUCUUUAGCAGAUAUUCAGGAUGGUUUACAAAAUAUUGAUAUCACAAGAAACUCUGAUUUGGAAUCUGAUGUACGAACUAACGAAGUAUUUUCUAAAUUACUGUCAGAACCAUUACCAAAACUGAACGUUCAUUUUGCUGGAGAGCCAAGCUCAAGACCUAUAUCACCAAUGCCACGUGUUAGAUUAGAUUCCACAAGUAAUACAAGAUUGAAGGAAUUAAUUCAACAAACUAGUACUGCAGCAACUGUUGAAUCCUCAAGUACGACAUUAUUAGGAAAGCAUAUAUUAUCAGUUGACAUGUUUACAAAGGAGCAACUCAACGAUAUUUUUAAUUUGGCUCAAAUAUUUAAAGUUCAAGUUAAUAAGGAUCGUCCUCUUGAUGAUAUAUUAAGAGGCAAAGUAAUGGCAUCAAUAUUCUACGAAGUUAGUACAAGAACAUGUUGCAGUUUUGCAGCUGCGAUGCAACGGUUAGGUGGUAAAGUUAUUUAUAUGGAUGAAACAAGUUCCUCUGUCAAAAAAGGUGAAACAUUAGAAGAUAGUGUAUAUGUUAUGGCUGGUUAUUCUGAUGUCGUGGUAUUAAGGCAUCCUGAACCGGGAGCUGUUGCAAGAGCAGCACAUCAUAUAAGAAAACCGGUUAUAAAUGCAGGUGAUGGAGUGGGUGAACAUCCUACACAAGCUCUUUUGGAUAUAUUUACAAUUCGUGAAGAAAUUGGUACAGUUAAUGGUUUGACUAUAACUAUGGUAGGUGAUUUAAAGCAUGGACGAACUGUACAUUCACUUGCAAGAUUAUUAACUCUCUACAAUGUUCAAUUACAAUAUGUCAGUCCAGAUAGUCUAAAUAUGCCAGAUCAUAUAACAAGAUUUGUUAACUCAAAAGGUAUCAGCCAGAAAACUUUUAAAACUAUUGAAGAAGCAUUACCAACUACUGAUGUAUUAUAUAUAACAAGAAUACAAAAAGAAAGAUUUUCAUCAGAAGAAGAAUAUCAGAAGGUUUGCGGUCAUUUCAUAGUUACUCCAAAAUUAAUGGCACACGCACAUAGGAGAACAAUUGUAAUGCAUCCAUUACCAAGGGUAUUUGAAAUUAGCGCUGAAUUUGAUUCAGAUCCAAGAGCCGCUUAUUUCCGUCAAGCAGAAUACGGAAUGUAUAUUCGAAUGGCUAUAUUAGCGAUGACAUUAGGGCGUGAUUCAUCAAGCGGAAAAUAUUUUUAGUCUUAUAAAAAAAAAACUCUUGCAUUAUGUUAAAUUAUUAAAAGAAUAUUUUCUAAAAUUAAAUCAAAUAUUUUAUACAUAAGUAUAACAAAUUGUUUUUUUAAAGUUAAUUAAGAUGUGUGAAAUAAAAAAUUUUUUAAUAAAUCC